AUGUCACCCCUCCGCUCAGCGCUUUCAACAGCGUCCCGAUCCCUUCUCUCCAUCCGCCAAUUCGCUCUCACAUCCUUCCGCCAGAACAGUUCCGUGUAUAAGAACCAUGCCUCGACAAGUCCAUUCUCACAAUUACGAAAAUUUUCGGCUUUGAUGACUCAGGGGCAGUGGGGUGGUCUUUUGCGGUCAAAGAUUGCGGGAGUGAAGGACGGCAAGAAGUCGACAUAUGUUUUCUCGCAGGCUAGUGGGAUGAAGACCAGAUCGUCUGUUAAGAGGCUUUGUGAUGGGUGCAAGCCUGUGCGACGGAAGAAUAGAGUCUACAUUAUCUGGCUCAGCACCCUGUCUUUGCGGGCUACACAGAUUACAUCAUCGCCAUUGAGGAAAUGGCAUCAGAUCAGAAAUGCUUCGGCGGCUGCGACGGCGAGUUUAGCCGAACAAGCCGCCGCCGAUCCUGAAGGACUUUCACAAGAAGAAAUUAUCUCGAAUAUAGACGCCCAGGAAUGGAAACGUAUCUCGAAGGUCCGAAACAUUGGUAUAGCUGCACACAUCGACAGCGGCAAAACCACCGCAACCGAGCGAGUCCUCUUCUACACCGGUCGAAUCAACUCUAUCCACGAAGUCCGUGGCCGUGACAGCGUCGGCGCAAAGAUGGAUUCUAUGGACCUCGAGCGUGAAAAGGGUAUUACCAUCCAGUCUGCAGCCACAUUCUGUGACUGGGUGAAGAAAGAGGACGGCAAGGAUGAGAAAUAUCACUUCAACUUGAUUGAUACACCGGGUCACAUUGAUUUCACGAUUGAGGUUGAGAGAGCUUUGCGUGUUCUUGAUGGCGCUGUUAUGAUCCUGUGCGCUGUGUCUGGUGUGCAGUCGCAAACCAUUACUGUUGAUCGACAGAUGAAGCGUUAUAAUGUGCCCCGAAUCUCGUUUGUGAAUAAGAUGGACCGUAUGGGCGCCAAUCCUUUCAAGGCUAUUGAUCAGAUCAACAACAAGCUCAAAUUACCUGCCGCUGCAGUGCAGGUACCCAUUGGAGCCGAAGAUGAGUUUCAGGGUGUCGUCGAUUUAAUCCGCAUGAAGGCCAUCUACAACGAAGGUCCCCGAGGAGAAACCAUUGUUGAGAAGGACGAAAUUCCUGAACACCUCAAACCUGUUGCGGAAGAGAGAAGGAGAAUUCUUAUCGAGACCUUGGCCGAUGUUGAUGACGAGAUUGCAGAGAUCUUCUUGGAUGAGAGGGAACCAACCAACGAUCAAAUCAAAGCUGCUAUUCGCCGCGCUACUAUUGCCUUGAAAUUCACGCCAGUCUUCAUGGGCUCUGCGUUGGCCGACAAAUCAAUCCAACCUAUGCUCGACGGUGUUUGCGAUUACCUCCCCAACCCCUCCGAAGUGACCAACCUUGCUCUUGACCAGAAGCGUAAAGAAGCUCAGGUUAAAUUGCUGCCAUAUGGCUCCGAGCCAUUCGUCGGUCUCGCUUUCAAAUUGGAAGAAAGUAAUUUUGGUCAACUGACCUAUAUCCGUGUUUAUCAGGGUACUCUUCGCAAGGGUGCUAAUGUGUUCAAUGCUCGAAACGACAAGAAAGUCAAGGUUCCUCGUAUCGUCCGUAUGCACUCCAACGAGAUGGAGGAAGUGCAAGAGAUUGGAGCUGGAGAAAUCUGUGCCGUUUUUGGUGUCGAUUGCGCGUCAGGUGAUACCUUUACUGACGGGCAGCUUGCAUACAGCAUGUCGUCCAUGUUCGUUCCUGAACCGGUUAUUUCUCUUUCCAUCAAGCCCAAAAACAACAAGGACUCUGCCAACUUUUCCAAAGCCAUGGCUCGAUUCCAGCGUGAGGAUCCAACAUUCCGUGUUUCAUAUGACGCCGAAAGUGAGCAGACUAUCAUCUCUGGUAUGGGCGAAUUGCACCUGGAUAUCUACGUCGAGCGCAUGCGUCGCGAAUAUAAAGUCGACUGCGAGACCGGCCAACCCCAAGUCGCUUACCGAGAAACCAUCGGCCGCCGCGUCGAAUUCGACCACUUGCUAAAGAAGCAGAGCGGUGGUCCCGGUGACUAUGCCCGCGUCGUGGGCUGGAUGGAACCCUCUGAAUCCCUCGAAGAAAACAAAUUCGAAGAACAGAUCGUCGGCGGAGCCAUUUCCGAAAAAUUCCUGUUUGCUUGUGAAAAGGGUUUCAACUUGGCCACUGAAAAGGGUCCCCUGAUCGGCCAUAAGGUUCUCGGAACGAGAAUGGUCAUUAACGACGGCGCAACCCACAUGACUGAUUCGUCUGAAAUGUCAUUCAAGAAUGCCACUCAACAAGCCUUCCGAAAGGCAUUUAUGGAAAGCCAGCCUCAUGUUUUGGAGCCUCUAAUGAAGACUGUCGUUACUGCCCCGAUUGAGUUCCAGGGUGAUGUUAUCGGCCUCCUGAACAAGCGCAACGCGACCAUCAAUGAUAGUGAGAUUGGUGUUGAUGAGUUCACGGUCUAUGCAGACUGCAGUUUGAACGGCAUGUUCGGUUUCAGUAGCCAUCUUCGUGCCGCGACGCAGGGUAAGGGUGAAUAUACGAUGGAAUUCAGCCAUUACGAGAAGGCGCCUGGUCAGUUGCAAAAGGAGCUAGUGCAAAAGUAUCUCAAGGCUCAGGCGGACCGACACAAGAAAUAG